AUGAGUGUUCUGGUUUUGUUGCUGGUAUCACUGGUCUCUGCUCAGUCGAAUAGUGGUGGUACUGUGGCUUUGGUGGAACGUUUGGAUGUGUCCGAGUGUUCCGUGUGUGCCGAUGGGUCUCCUCCUUCUUCUUCUACUACUUCCACCAGUACAACUACUACAUUUUGGCUGACGUCUAGUGUCUCCUUGUCGUGCCAGACGGACUUUCCGACCAACGCCGUGUCGUCCGUAUUUGGCGUAGGACGUUCGAAUUCCGAUUUUGUCUGUCAGGUCAGUCAACUCUGGGCGUAUCAGUACUGUGGCUGUCCCACUCCUCCCAGUUCAGUUCGAGCGUGUUGGAUUUGCAAAGAUGGCGAUGAAUCCUACAACAAGACUGUGGUAGUCCCCACUACUCCCGUGGAAGGCACGUGUGAAUUUCAAGCGCUCUUUGCCGGUCUGCAAUACGAUCAUUUUGGUCGAGGCAGUGAUGCCGUUGCCUUGAAAUGUCCGUAUUUGACCUUUGGAAUGGACACGUGGUGUGGCUGUCCUGCUGAAACCGUCUCCUUGCCGGCAUGUACACUCUGUGGGGACAAGACGUCAAGUGAUCCCUGUAAAGUCAAUCCAUUGGCAUCCCAACUGCACAGCCAUAAAAAUGCCGUAGCUGGACCCAACUUUGGAACCUGUCAGUAUUAUGACUGGUUGGUCGAACGAUUGGCACCGGAACAGUGCACUGUUUUUGACGCAGAUCCCACGGUCCAAUUUGAUGGAUUCCAUGUACGGGACUUUUGUUGUAAUAACAACGACAACAACAAUAAUCCUCCAACAACAAAGGCAACGACGUCUCUUUGCACAGAUGCAAUGGCAACCGACCGCAUCAUUCCACCCCUGGGCAUUUCCUGUCGGGAUUUGGAAACCUCGGUUGUGGCCUACUUGAACAAGAAUGCAACCAAGAUUCUGACGGAUCCGUGGGACGAGGGACAACCAUCGUUACAAGAGUUUUGCUGUUCUCCGUCGCCCGUCGAAUGGAAUUCGCCACUGCCAGCAGGCAAUACUAAUGAUACCUGUCAGCCCAUUCCCAGAACUCAGUAUCCACAACAACAAUCUUCGAGUAGUGAUGGAGUUGGUGGAAUCACGAUCAUGACAACAAAAGCCACGUUUGCUGCUACAUUUAUUCUGGGGAAUGCACUGCUGCUACCAGCAGUGGCCUUCUUCUAA